AUGGACGGAGUUAUGGCAAUAAAGUAUCACUACGAGAUAGAACCUACCACUGAGGAGCUGAUCCGACCAAAGUUAUCAUGGCGGGCAAUGACCAGCUCCGCUGCGCCAACCUGCCCCGAAUGCCGGGGAUCACUGAGAGAUAUCCACCGCUACAACAGGAUCACCAAGAAAGCAUUACUCGACGAGUCGACUCGACGAUUUGUUGUCAUGGCCAAUAGGGACUAUGUCGACAUAUUGAGGACCGUCCAGUUACACGAGGAAGCCUUGGAUGAACACGGAAGCAAACUCGCGGAGUGGCUGGCGAACAAUCCUUUCGACAGCAUGGUCCCCGCUCAAGUUCAGCAGACGAUAGACACCUACAGCUCCACAGACGGUAGAAUGAGAAACCGGGUGCAGAAAUUUCUCAAAAGGGUGCGAACAACUGAGCAACCGCUGGGGAGGGUAAAUGAACUGCUCGCAUCGGCUGCAGCACGAACGGGAGUAGUAGGUGGAAAUGAACACACCACGGAGCAUAUAGGCAUCCUCACUGGCUUUAGUAUUCGCGGCGAAUGCCUACACCUUCGAUUGACUUGGGUGAUCCUAUGGGAGACCGAGAGAAUCUGCAAAAACCCCGCUGUCCCUUUCGACACUUGCUCUGUGCUUCGCGGCAAGGUUCGCAACCAGCUCCCCGAACUCCUUGAAAAAUGCCAUGCAGUUCGAGGUCAAAGUUCCGAUGGAAAGUUCCUCGCUGAACGAGUCCAGGCAACGCUGUAUCAGGUGCUAGUGUCACAGCUGUUUCUUAACUGCAUCGCAACCGAAGCCCAGGCCCCGCGAAUCCCCCCUGCGCUGCUGCCUCGGAACAAAAUCAAGGAAUCUCUGCAGGAAUGCGAGGGUCUCUACCUAUCUCACCUGGGGACACUUGGCCACUUGAAAGAUGAUAUUGCAAAGACGAAAAGGUUUUGCGACGGCCAGCCAUUCUAUACUUCUGUGACUGCGGAGGAGCGGCGAGAGGUGUAUGAGGCUAUGGCGGUCCAGUUUCAGGGGACUGGCCAUUGGUACUAUUGUCGGAACAACCACCCGUUCACCGUCGGUGAGUGCGGGAUGCCGAUGGAAGAGGCUCGAUGCCCUCAGUGUGGCGAGCGUGUAGGUGGUCAUGACCAUGAACCGGUGGCAGGGGUUCAACGAGCUCAGGAUAUGGAGGCAGAGUUUGGCACAGCAUAG